AAUAAAGUGCUGCAGCAUGGGGCACUCUCACACACCCACAUGUUCAGUUUCCCGUAAUCAAGAAAGCUAGAGCGACCCGAGGAGAUGCUGAGGGAACGUGUUGAGCACUGGGAUUAUUAGAAUUGAAAAUCAGGAGUUCUAGGAGACGAUGGAGUUGGGACGAUCUUAUUUCAGAAGGCCCAGAGCGCUGCUACUCACCAUGAUCGUGUACAAAUGGGGAAUAUUCUGCACAGCAAAGAAAGACAUGUGUUUGUCUUCCCCAUGUCAGAAUGGAGGCACAUGCAUUAAAGGAGUGGCUGACUAUAGAUGUUUAUGCCCAAAGGAACCACUUAUUUAUGUGGGUAAAGACUGUGAGCUACUGUAUGAUGCUUGUGCUCAUGUCAACUGUCAUAGCUGCUUCAGCACCCUAGGAACAGAUAACUACAUUUGUCCAUGUCCAGAGGGCUUUGGAGGCCCAAAUUGUACUCAUAAAAUGGACAACUGUAAGAGCAACCCAUGCACUGGAAUAAAGAACCACUGCGUGGAUGCAGAUAAUGGAUAUUUCUGCCAUUGCCCGAUCGGCUACAAUGGUGAGGACUGCCAGACUCAUGUGAUGGACUGCUCAGGUAAUCCCUGCUUUAACAAUGCAACCUGCAUUCAGACAUACCAUGGCUAUGAGUGCAAGUGUGGUCGUGGCUUCCAGGGGACCCACUGUGAACACAAUACCAACGAAUGCCUGUCACAACCAUGUCAGAAUGGUGCUAUUUGCCUCGAUGGUAUAGAUGUGUAUCACUGCUUCUGUGUGCCUGGAUUUCAAGGCUACAACUGUGAGAUAGACAUUAAUGAGUGUGCGUCACAGCCCUGUGAGAACAAUGGAAAGUGUACUAAUGGGAAGGAUCGUUACAUCUGUGAGUGUAGGAUAGGAUUCACAGGAGUGAACUGUGAAAUUGAGAUUGAUGAGUGUGAAGAGACUCCUUGUCAGAAUGGUGCUACAUGCCAUGACUAUGUGGGUUUUUACACAUGUGAAUGUGUGCCUGGGUUUGAAGGCAUCAGCUGUGAUGUGGAUGUCAAUGAAUGUAUCAGUGUGCCUUGCCUCAACAAUGGCUCAUGUAUUGAUUUAGUCAACAGGCAUCAGUGUGAUUGCAGUGGGACAGGGUUUAUUGGCUCAAUUUGUGAAGAAGAGAUUUUGGAAUGUGAGUCUGAGCCCUGUCAGCAUGGAGCCACUUGUCUUGAGGGAAUUAAUCAAUACACCUGUCAGUGCUGGCCAGGUUAUGAGGGAAAGAACUGUGAGAUCGAUGUGGAUGAAUGUGAGGCUCAGCCUUGCGAGAAUGGUGGCAGUUGUUUUCAGCAUUCUGACCAGAGACAUUAUGGUGUCUUGGGCAAAUCUUUCAGCUUUAAGUAUGCUGCCGGCUUUCACUGUAAAUGUUUAUCCGGUUUUACAGGUGAAAACUGUUCAAUUAACAUAGAUGAGUGUGAAUUUGCACCAUGCCUAAAUGGUGGAAGCUGUGAGGAUCUAAUUAAUGCAUAUAAAUGUUCUUGCUCUCCAGGUUUCACAGGUUUCAUAUGUGAGGUGAACAAUGAUGAGUGCGAAAGUGCACCUUGUCAGAAUGGUGCUUUGUGUGAAGAUGCUAUUAAUGACUAUGUGUGUCAUUGCCCUACAUCUGUACCUGACCAACUACCUUGGGGUGGCCGUAACUGUGACAUUGCUUUGACUGGCUGUGUAGAUAAUCCCUGCAAAAAUGGAGGCACAUGUGAACCUUUCUUACAUGGAGUCAAACAUCUUUUUCGAUGCACGUGUUACUCUGGCUUUUCUGGUGACACCUGUAGCAUUCCCACCACGUUCUCUUACUUUAAAGCAUCCUAUAUUGAGGUGGAUGUUCCUAAUAACAAGAUUUAUAACAGUAACGUGGCUAAUAUUUCGCUGCGAUUCAGGACAACUUUAUCAAAUGUAGUACUGUUCUUCAGAGGCAAUGAUCAAUGUUACUUCACACUGGAGCUGAUCGAGGGAAAUCUCCUGGCUACAGCAGAAUCAGGGGAUUUAGAGCUGCUGGUCAAAUUUCAUGGUAACUUUAAUAAUGGAUUAUGGCAGACAGUGUCUGGUUCCAUAGAUGAGAAGCUAGUUUUGAGUUUCUUAGAUAAGAAUGGCACAUAUAUUCAGCAGGAAGAUCACAAUCAGCAUUUUUUCUUUCCUACACAUUGUCUGGAGAAAGUCUACAUUGGUGGGGUCCCACAAGAUUAUCAGAAGAAAAUAAAGACAUGGCCAGGAUUUAUUGGUUGCAUGGAGGACUUUAUAAUCAGUUCUCAGCUUAUUCUGCCCUAUAAUUUCUCUCAAAAUAAUUCUGUCUACAUCAGACCGGGCUGUGAGAAGUCUGAAUGGUGCCAUUUAGAUUCUUGCUCUCAACAUGGACAGUGUGUAGACCUUUGGACCGAAUACAAAUGUGACUGCCAAAGGCCAUAUUUUGGAAACAUCUGUUCCCAUGAGUACCCUUCAUGGACAUUUAGUCAUGAGCAUAAUAAAAGCUUUGCUACAUUCAAUAUAACUCGGAGCCAUGCUGUUAACAUCAGUAUAUCAUUUUUAUUGAGAACACUCAAAACCAGUGGCCUUAUUCUCCAAAUGAAACGAGGAAAUCAGGCAUACUUUUCAGUGUUUCUAAGGAGAGGCACAAUUAAUGUUGCUGUGUACUCUUCUAUUAGAGAGAGUUCUACAUUUAUCACAGAUGGGAAAAAGGUGCUUAUUACCAUUGAUGUCCAGGGAGGAUUUUUAUACUUCAAUCACACUGAAAUACUUUUUAGAUUUGAGACUUUUCCUGAGCUUGAAGUGCAGGCAGGAGAUGUGGUAUAUGUUGGUGGACUUCCUAAAGAAGGUGACACCAUACCUUGGGGUGGCUAUUUCAAAGGUUGCCUACAGGACGUACGUCUGGAUGAUUCUCAGCUCUACAUGUACAUAAACAAAAUAAUGAAAAUACAUGAAGAUACAAGCUACUUAGCAGACAUUGCACAUAACGUGCUGGAGCACUGUGUCAGCGAUGAAGCAUGUAAGGGUAAACCAUGUCUGAACAGAGGAAAAUGCAUGGUCAACUGGAAUGACUUCAUCUGUUCCUGUUCACUGAACUACACUGGAAAAACAUGUGACAUUCGAGUGUGGUGUGCUAGCAAUCCAUGUGCCAUGGGUAGCCGUUGUGUGAACCUGCCUGAUGGAUAUGAAUGCUUGACCAAUGGCACAUUCGAAAACAAUGCUUUGAAGUACAGUGCCAGGGGCUCUUUAUCUGAUAAUGUGAUGAUGGUUUCUGUGAAAUUGAGGACGCGAACAGAGAAUGGAACACUUCUUCGUGCCUCCAAUGAUGUAGAGCUUUUCUACCUGGGCCUCUUGAAUUCCUCCAUUCAGGUCAAGAUCCGUAAUACCAAAAGCCAGGAGGUGUUCGCUUUCUUUAGUGAGGUGGAAGUUUCAGAUGGAAAAUGGCAUCAUGUUGAGCUCAGGAAUAAAGGUUCACGCUAUGCUUUGUCUCCUUGGGACCUCACUGUGGAUGGGCAAUUGAUUGGUUUGAGCCAAGCAUUUGCUGGAAACUUGGAUUUAUUUAACCAUUCUACUGUGUGGUUGGCAGAAAACUUCACUGGCUGUCUUGGUGAAAUCAGGAUAGGAGGAGUGUAUCUGCCACUGAUAGGUGGCAUUUAUGAAGAAGCACCCCAAUUUUCGCAAUUUAUCUAUUAUGGAAGCAAAAAGGAGCCACAAAUUGGAUGCAGUGGUGCACCCUUAUGUCUAGGGUAUCCUUGUUUAAAUAAUGGCUCAUGCAAAGACCUCUUUAAUCACUAUAGCUGUGACUGUGCCCCAGGCUGGCAGGGUGAAAACUGCCAGGAUGAUGUUGAUGAAUGCAUUUCUGGGCCUUGCAUCAAUGGGGCCUGCAGGAACCUUCCUGGGGAAUACCAGUGCCAGUGUGCCCAGGGCUAUAGGGGAAAGCACUGUGAUGAGGAUGUAAAUGAGUGCCAAGAGCUGCAUUGUGAAAACUCAGGGUCCUGCAUGAACACUGUGGGUGGAUAUACAUGCAUCUGUCAUCCAGCAUUCAGUGGUCCACACUGCCAAUGGAGCUUCCCUCCACUACAGUGUGGAGUAGAUGUGCAGUGUACUAAUGAAGGAGUCUGUAUGGAUGGACCCUGGGGGGCCAACUGUACUUGUGGGCUUGGAUACACUGGAGGGAGAUGUGAGAAGAAGAUAGAUGAGUGUGAGUACAACCCCUGUCUCAACGGAGGCACCUGUAUGAAUCGGCAAAAUCGUUACCAUUGUGAGUGCUUGCCAGGUUUCAGUGGAGAUAGCUGCGAGGCUCCUAGGCAGCAGCAGAUGGACAGCAUCCCCUGGCUUGUAGUGGCAAUUCCAUUGAUGUGUUUUGCUGCUUUGCUGGCUGUAGUUGGUCUUGGAUGCAUGAUGCUCACUGCCCGAAGGAAACGACAGUCUGAAGGUACCUAUAGCCCCAGCCAACAAGAAGUGGCAGGAGCUCGUCUUGAAAUGGGCAGCGUACUUAAAGUGCCUCCUGAGGAAAGGCUGAUUUAAGGACUUUGUGCAUAAAGUAAAAAAAAAGUAUUAACCUAAUAUGGGGCUCCCUUGAUGUUAAAUAAUAUUUGAAAAUACUAUGAUCAUCACAAGGACUUGUGACAAUAUACAAGUAAAAUAGCAGAAGCACUGUGAGUAAGUAACUUAAUGAGAUUUUUUGUAUUCAUAAUGUGUGGCAUAGUUGCUAAAAGAUUUGACCUAUAAAUACAAAUAUGAUGUUUCAAGACUCAGUAAGUCAUAUAUUUUAUAACUUUGAAUAGCAUUAUUAUAGAUUUUCCUGGGUAUAUAAAAUAUAAUUUUAUGUUCUGAAAUGUAUUUUUUUUUGUUCAACUGAAAAUUUCCAGAAAAACCUUAAAUUAAUAUUAUAUUACAUAUUUGGUAAAAGCCAACUAUAGUAUUCCACACAUAUCAACACAAAAGUAGUUGUAAUUGUUUAUACUGUACUAUACUAUAAUCUUCCAACCUGAACUACACAUACUAGCUGGCUAACCUUUUAAUACAGAAUAUUUUUUUACUACUAUGGAUUUUUACAAAUUUUGUAUUACAGGUUUUCUUUUCUUUUUUAUAAACUAUCUCAGUCUGAACACACUGCAACUAUUAUGUUUUUCUAAACACUGGACUUUUUUUUUACUUUUAAUGUCACAUUCACUGGAAAUGUUGGAAAGACCUAUCCUACAAUGGCAAAUUUUAUUAUUAUUUCAUGUGCAUUUCUUUUACUGUUUUAGCAUCUUUCUUAGUAAGGGACUUGACAAUGAAUAUGUAAAUCAUAUCCAUGAGUGUGUUAAAGUUAUAGUAUGUUAAGUAGGUCACCAGUAGUUUCAUUUUCUUGUAAAUAUACAAGCCAAAAUGAUUUAAUAAAUUUAUUUAUUGAGGUACUCCAAAA